AUGCUCGUGCCGGCCCCCUUCCUGCUGGUCUUGCUACUGCUUCUCGGGGCCCCCCAGGCGGGCCUCUCCCAGAGGUCCCCCAUAGCCGGUUCCAGCCUCAGCUGCCUCCACACAGCCCUGCGUGAGGCCGAGAAGAGUCAGCGGAAGGACACGUCGGGGCUGAUCAAGCGGACCUUCCCGGCCCUGCCCCGCAGAGACCCAGAGGACCAGGAGGGGCAGGAGGAUGAGGACGCAAAGAAAAGGACCUUCCCUGGAUCCGUGGGCGGCGGCGGUGGCGGCGGGGCCGGCAGCACCCGGUACAAGUACCCGUCCCAGGCACAGUUCCAGGGGCGGCCAUCCCAGGAAAAGGCCAAGAGUGACCGGCGCACCAAGGUCACUCUGUCCCUGGACGUCCCCACUAACAUUAUGAACAUCCUCUUCAAUAUCGCCAAGGCCAAGAACCUGCGAGCCAAGGCGGCCGCCAACGCCCACCUCAUGGCCCAGAUUGGUCGGAAGAAGUAG